AUGACAGAAACAAACUCCCAUUCCCAAACUUCUGAUGACACUUCAUCGGCAUCUCAAACCAACCCUUCUCAGGCGGCGAAACCCAACUUCCACUCCACCUUCGCCAUCAACAACGUCAAAACCAUAAUCCCGAUGAUGUUGGAAAAUGAUUCUAAUCUCUACCACUCAUGGUCUGCCCUCUUCAAGGUGCAACCACAUGUUUACAAUGUACUUAAUCACAUCAUCCUGCCAUCGGAUGCACAGGACAUACAAGCAUCAACAAACCUUAAGGCUAAUGAUUCUGAACUUUGGAAUCGGCUUGAUAUGGUGGUACUGCAAUGGAUGUAUGCAACCGUCUCGCAGGAUAUUCUUCAAUCAAUCCUCGUCGUCGAUGACACUGCCGAAGAAUACUGGAAGCGCAUCACCGCUAUGUUUCAUGAUAACAAGCAUUCACGUGCUGUACAAUUAGAAAAUCAAUUCAGCAACACAAACCUGGAAGAUUUUCCAUCGACAAAAGCAUACUCCAACCGCCUCAAAACUCUAUCUGAUCAACUCACCAACAUCGACUCUCCAGUCACUAACACACGACCGGUGCUUAAAAUGAUAUCCGGUCUCACUGAUGCAUACAUUAGGUUUGUCACCUAUAUACAACAGCAUGACCCUCUCCCCACCUUCGCCAUAACACGAUCACGAUUGGAACUCGAGGAAUCAACCAUGUUAUAG